AUGGGCGCGACGCCAUACCUACCAGACGAGCUGCUCCUCGAGAUUCUCAGCUAUUUUCCGAGGGGAAAGGAUAAGGAAAGCCAGAGGGCGAUUGCGAGGUUUUGCGCGGUGAACAGGCAGUGGUACGACGUGGGUAUCCCCUCCCUCUACGAAGCGCCCUACCUCUCCGGCUCCGCAUACGCCCUCUUCGUCCGCACAAUCUGCCCCUCGGUCCUCGCGCACAUCCGCAAAUCCGAGCUCGCCGGCCUCGUCAAAAUGCUCGACCUGUCGCACAUCGUGCAUCAGGGCAACAAGUCCACGACCGCACGCCUCCUCGGUCGCACAAAGCCCAGUCUAGAAGUUUUCAUCGCGCCGCAGGCCAGCUUUGCAGUGAACUGCUGGGCGAGCCUGAGCAAGUGCAGUAAGCUACGUGUACUGGAUCUGAGUCUGGUGUCCGAGCAGAUCAGCUUUGAGAGCUUGAACCAGACGCUGAUGAAGCUGGCGGCGUUGACGGAAUUCUACCUCCCGAGAUGCUCGACGAGGUACGAGGACGCAGCCCGAUCCAUGACCCUGCGAUUACCCCCGCGAUUGCAACAUCUCUCCCUCUCGGGCAACAUCCACGGCCAGCUCUACUACGACGUGAUGCGCCAGCCCGACAUGUUCCCGCCCACCAUGCACAGCAUGAGCAUCCUGCACUGUCCCUCCCUCAGCAACACGAGCAUAAAGCCCAUCUUUCAAAACCUCGCCGGCGCACUCACCACCGUCGAGCUGCGCGACCUGCCCCGCGUAAAACAAGGCCAGUUCAACGGCGUCCUAAACUGGCUGCCCAAACUCGCCAGCCUCACCAUCGCACUCGACUACAUGGACGACAACUUCGGCAAGAACACCAAACCCACCGGCUACUACACCACCCACUGGCGCGAAUCCAAGCCCCUGCAAUCCCUCACACUCGUUACCUCGGGCCAGACAGACGUCGACCCGCAGACUGCGUUUACCGCCGUGGAUCUGUACCAGCUCAUCGACGAACGGUUCCUCGGACGGCUGCGCUGGGUUAGAGUGGCGCGCAGCACUGGCUGGGAGAGUAAAGAGGAGGGCGCGGAGCUGGAGGCCCUGGCUAUGUUGCUGGUGGGUGAGCUGGAUAAGGACAACUGGAAGAAGCGGAGGUGGCAUUAUGAGGGGCUGAAGGGCCUGCCUGAGGGAAUGACGUACGAGAUGUGGUCGCUGGACACGCCGCUGGGGAGGAGGAUGAGACCUUGGUUGGGGAUACUGAGGGAUCGGUAG